AUGUAUGAACUUGUUUCCCUCGUCGACAAACGCAUCGAUCAGCACAACCAGAAAUCACACAACAUGAUGAGCACCGGCUGCGACGCAACGCCCACGCCGUCCGGCUCGCCCUGCGAAGUCCUCCGCCAGGUGGAACGACUGGGAGGUGCCCAAACAAUGAUAGACCGGGUCGAUCUCGCAACCGGUUCUACAACACCAUUCUACGUCCUUCACAGCAACAAGGAAAACAAAACCGUUGCCGUGUUACAUGCAGAUCCCCGCGCGCAAGCGUCGGGUGAAGCGUUGGGUUUAGCGAAAUACCAUUCCCUGUCCUCAAAAAUCGACGUCAUUCUCCGCGGCGUGCCGAUCAAGAUGAAGACCAACACUAUGGGUAACACACACAGGUUCGACCACCAUGGUAUAAGCUACAGUUGGGGUGUCUCCAAUUUGAGCAUGUCAAUGAACACGAUGUAUCUGAAGGAUGCCGGGGGCAAACUGCUGGCGACAUGGAAAAGGUACCCUGAAGGCAGGUUAAGCGGCAUGAUUGGACAGUCAGCCCCGACAUUUGAGGUUUACGUCCCGCCACAGAGCAUCGAUAUGGACAUGGUGAUUGUCACAGGGUCUGCAGCGGUCGAGUAUUGGCUGAAGUAUAAGAAAGACUCCUACGCAGCGGUAGGAGAGGCCUUCGGUGCAGUUUGA